AUGACUUUAUUCCCAGGCGUUGCGCUGGUCACAGGUGCCGCAUCAGGAAUCGGUCGCGCGACAGCUAUCGCGUUCGCCGUGGACGGCUGUCGUAGAAUCGCUAUCUGUGAUCGGGAUUUACCUGGUUUGGAAGCGACGAGGGCGUUUAUUUUUGAUGGAAAGAAGGGUAUGGAUGGGGAUGUCGAGGUGGAGGUACUUGAAGUUGAUAUGUUGAAGGAAGAUGAUAUUGAGAGGAUGGUGAGAGAGACGGUGUCGAGGUGGGGGAGGGUUGAUUAUGCUGUUAAUGCUGCUGGAAUCAUCGGUAACAACGCGCCCUCCACAUCUACCUCGACCGCCCAAUUCGAUUUAGUCACCAAUAUCAACUACCGCGGGUGCUGGCUCUCGUCUCGCGCUGAACUGGCGCAGAUGCUGCGCCAGGAGGUGUUGCCGAGUCAUGAUGGGAGGCCUGGGGAGAGGGGAAGUGUGGUUAAUAUUGCGAGUCAGUUGGGUGUGGUGGGGCGGCCGAAUGCUCGUGAGUUUCUUUUUGUGUUUCCUGCUUGGGAAGAGAAGAAGGAAGCGGUGGCCGGGGGCUGA